UUCAUUUAAAUCUAACCAAAGCGCAUUGUGAAUAAAGCCAUUGUUCAUCUCACAUUUCCACACCUUACCAAACAAUUUUCUUGCAAUUGCUUUAAAUUGUUAUUAUUCAAUUGUUCUCAAUUAAUUUUUUAUUUGUGAUUACUUUGUUUGUUUCAUUUACCGGUAUCUAUCAAAAUGCCCGAAGAAACUAUGAGUGUCGAGGAACCCGAAACCUUCCUUUUCCAAGCUGAAAUCGCCCAGUUGAUGACUUUGAUCAUCAACACAUUCUACUCAAACAAAGAAAUUUUCCUUCGUGAAUUGAUCUCCAACUCCUCCGAUGCUCUUGAUAAGAUUCGAUAUGAAUCUCUUACUGAUCCUUCUAAAUUGGAUAGUGGUAAAGAACUUUACAUCAAGAUUGUCCCCAACCAAGAUGAACGCACCCUUACCAUCAUCGAUACUGGUAUUGGUAUGACUAAGGCUGACCUCAUCAACAACUUGGGUACCAUUGCUAAAUCUGGUACUAGAGCUUUCAUGGAAGCCCUUCAAGCUGGUGCUGAUAUUUCUAUGAUUGGUCAAUUCGGUGUUGGUUUCUACUCUGCUUACCUAGUUGCCGAUCGGGUUGUUGUUACCUCUAAGCACAAUGAUGAUGAUUGUUAUACUUGGGAGUCAGCUGCUGGUGGUUCAUUCACUAUUAAGAAAUCUGUUGACCCAGAGCUCACUCGUGGUACCAAGAUUGUUUUGUUCCUCAAAGAAGAUCAAUCUGACUAUCUCGCUGAGAAAAAGAUCAAAGAAAUUGUGAAGAAACACAGUCAAUUUAUCGGAUAUCCUAUCAAGCUUGUUGUUCAGAAAGAGCGAGAAAAGGAAGUUUCUGAUGAUGAAGCUGAAGAUGAAAAGAAAGAAGACGAAGAAGAGAAAAAAGAAGAGGAGAAAAAAGAUGAUGAAGAACCCAAAGUAGAAGACGUCGAAGAUGAAGACAAAAAGGACAAGAAAAAGAAAAAGAAGGUUACUGAAAAGUACAUUGAAGAUGAAGAACUUAACCGAACUAAACCCAUUUGGAUGCGAAACCCUGAUGACAUCUCACAAACUGAAUAUGGGGAAUUCUACAAGAGUCUUACCAAUGAUUGGGAAGAACAUCUCGCCGUGAAACAUUUCUCAGUCGAAGGUCAACUCGAAUUCCGAGCUUUACUCUUUGUUCCUAAGAGAGCUCCAUUUGACCUUUUCGAAAAUAGGAAACAAAAGAAUAACAUUAAAUUAUAUGUACGAAGAGUAUUUAUUAUGGACAAUUGCGAAGACUUAAUUCCAGAAUACCUCAACUUUAUCAAGGGUGUGGUUGACUCUGAAGAUUUACCUUUGAACAUUUCUCGUGAAAUGCUCCAACAAAAUAAGAUUUUACAAGUUAUUAGAAAGAAUUUAGUUAAGAAAUGCUUGGAAUUAUUCGAAGAAGUAGCCGAGGAUAAGGAAGCUUACAAGAAGUUCUAUGAGCAAUUCAGCAAGAACAUCAAGCUUGGUAUCCAUGAAGAUACUCAAAACCGAAAGAAACUUGGUGAUCUCCUUCGUUAUUAUACUUCUGCCUCUGGAGAUGAAGUAUGCUCUCUUAAAGAAUAUGUAUCCCGAAUGAAAGAAAACCAAAAAUCAAUCUAUUUCAUCACUGGUGAAUCUAAGGAACAAGUUGCUGCUUCUGCAUUUGUUGAACGUGUUCGAAGCCGUGGUUUUGAGGUUGUUUACAUGGUUGAGCCCAUCGAUGAAUACUGUGUUCAACAACUUAAAGAGUAUGAUGGUAAACCAUUAGUUUCAGUUACCAAAGAAGGUCUUGAACUUCCUGAAACCGAGGAAGAAAAGAAGAAACGUGAAGAUGACAGGAAAAAAUUCGAGACCCUUUGCAAAGUUAUGAAAGAUAUUCUUGAUAAACGAGUCGAGAAAGUCACUAUUUCUAAUCGUCUGGUCACUUCUCCAUGUUGUAUCGUCACAAGUCAGUAUGGUUGGUCAGCCAACAUGGAACGUAUUAUGAAAGCUCAGGCUCUCCGGGAUACAUCCACAAUGGGAUACAUGGCUGCUAAAAAGCAUCUUGAAAUUAACCCAGAUCAUUCAAUCAUUGAAAGUCUCAGAAUUAAAGUUGAAGCCGAUAAGAAUGACAAAUCAGUCAAAGAUUUAGUCAUGUUACUUUUCGAAACUGCCCUCCUCUGCUCUGGCUUCUCUCUCGAAGAUCCACAACGUCAUUCCUCUCGCAUCUAUCGCAUGAUUAAACUUGGUCUCGGUAUUGAUGAUGAUGAAAUUGCUGUCGGAGGUGAUAAAGUAGAUGAAGCUGAAAUGCCUCCUCUGGAAGGUGAUGCAGAAGAUGCUUCACGAAUGGAGGAAGUUGAUUAAAUCAUUCAUUUUCCCUAAUUUUUUUUGCCCAUGAAAGUAGCUUCUCAAUGGAUAAUCCUAAUUAAUCAAACAGUUCUAAAUAUUGUUUUUAUUCUAUAAUUGUCUUUUGUAUUCAUUGUUAACUACUUUCUAUCUCAUCCCUUUUUCAAUCAAAUUGUCAUAAAAUGUCAACCAACCCAACUCCCUUAAUUUUUGUUAGUUAAACAAUUAAACAAAUUUCAUUUAAC